AUGAAUAUUGCUUUAUCUGUGUCCACAAGCUCGGACGUUGCUGCACAUGAAAACUCCAGUUGCAGUAACAGUGCUCCAUCCACAUUGGCAAACAACACAAACAGCAAUCCAAAUAAUGGUGCCAAAACGUCAAACAAGUGGAGCGAGGCACACCAGCAUACUGGUCAACGAGUGGAAAGAAAGAAUCGAGGAGCUGGAAAGUGCGCGGGCAACGGAAACUUGGCACAACAUUGUCCGAGCCGUGUGCAAUGUUGGAAUGCCAAGAACUGCAAAGCAGUGCAAGGACAAAAUCAGAAAUUUAAAGUCAGCACACAAAACACAAAGACCAACAACAACAAGACCGGAUGA